AUGGCAUUCUAUUUCAAUAUAAUGGCAUUACAAGUUCCGCGCCUUUUUUGUGAUGAGCGUACGAACGGUAUGACUAUGGAUGUCUCGGUGUCAUCAUACCCCGAUCUAAAUUUCAGUUUGAAGGGCGGGUUCAACAACUUUGGCAUCGUUACGAAAUUUACUAUGAAGUCGUGGCCGCAAACUGAAAUAUGGGGUGGUGUCAUCGAAAUCCAUGGUUCCCUAUACGCACAGGAGUUCAAAGCCGCCACGGCGAAUUUCUCCGCUAACGUCACCGAUCCCAAGGCAUCCCGAUUGGAGGCCAUCAUCCCAGGUUUGCUUGACGUUGUCCACAACGAGAGCCUGUAUUGGGGUGCACUGAUGUCAUCCGACUCCGCCACCCUGAUGAGCAUGCGCUGCGGCCCAACUACAUUCCCGCCGAAGAGCAGCCAGCGCUACCUCCCGCUGAACGUCUACUUCAGCCGGACGUUGUCGACCUCAGACGGUGCCAUGUACGAUGAGCUCGUGAAGCCCGCGGAGACCAUCAAGAACGCGGCUAUCGCGGAGGGCCAGCACAUCUCGGACGCGGUACUGUAUCCUAGCUAUGCGCUGUAUGGGACGGCGGUGGAGAAGAUGUAUGGUGACAAUGCGGGCACUUUGGCUGCGCUGAAGGCGAAGUAUGACCCGGAGAAUGUCAUGGGUCUCGCGGGAGGGUGGAUGUUUUAA